AGUUUGGAAGUGUCCAUGCUGACCGGGGGUGGGCUAGGGGCCUCUUUCUGGAUCUCUAACCCCAUCUCCCCUCCUUCCCCUCCCCGUCCAGUCGGUGAGGCCCGCAACCUCAUCCCCAUGGACCCCAACGGUCUGUCCGACCCCUAUGUGAAACUGAAGCUCAUCCCAGACCCUCGGAACCUGACAAAACAGAAGACCCGGACAGUGAAAGCCACGCUGAACCCUGUGUGGAACGAGACCUUUGUGUUCAACCUGAAGCCGGGGGACGUGGAGCGCAGGCUCAGCGUGGAGGUGUGGGACUGGGACCGGACCUCCCGCAACGACUUCAUGGGCGCCAUGUCCUUCGGGGUGUCCGAGCUGCUCAAGGCGCCGGUGGACGGCUGGUACAAGUUACUGAACCAGGAGGAGGGCGAAUAUUACAAUGUGCCCGUGGCCGAUGCUGACAACUGCAGCCUCCUCCAGAAGUUUGAGGCCUGUAACUACCCCCUGGAACUCUAUGAGCGGGUGCGGAUGGGUCCUUCCUCUCCCAUCCCCUCCCCGUCCCCUAGUCCCACCGACUCCAAGCGCUGCUUCUUCGGGGCGAGCCCGGGACGCCUGCACAUCUCCGACUUCAGCUUCCUCAUGGUUCUCGGAAAAGGCAGCUUCGGGAAGGUGAUGCUGGCGGAGCGGAGGGGCUCCGAGGAGCUCUACGCCAUCAAGAUCCUGAAGAAAGACGUGAUCGUCCAGGAUGACGACGUGGACUGCACCCUGGUGGAGAAGCGCGUGCUGGCUCUGGGGGGCCGAGGCCCGGGGGGCCGGCCCCACUUCCUCACCCAGCUCCACUCCACCUUCCAGACCCCGGAUCGCCUGUAUUUUGUGAUGGAGUAUGUCACCGGGGGCGACUUGAUGUACCACAUUCAGCAGCUGGGCAAGUUUAAGGAGCCCCAUGCAGCGUUCUACGCCGCAGAAAUCGCCAUCGGCCUCUUCUUCCUUCACAAUCAGGGCAUCAUCUACCGGGACCUGAAACUGGACAACGUGAUGCUGGAUGCCGAGGGACACAUCAAAAUCACCGACUUCGGCAUGUGUAAGGAGAACGUCUUCCCCGGGAACACGACUCGCACCUUCUGCGGGACCCCAGACUACAUAGCACCCGAGAUCAUUGCCUACCAGCCCUAUGGGAAGUCUGUCGACUGGUGGUCCUUUGGGGUUCUACUGUAUGAGAUGUUGGCGGGACAGCCCCCCUUUGACGGCGAGGACGAGGAGGAGCUGUUCCAGGCCAUCAUGGAACAAACCGUCACCUACCCCAAGUCGCUCUCCCGGGAGGCCGUGGCCAUCUGCAAGGGGUUCCUAACCAAACACCCCGCCAAGCGCCUGGGCUCGGGGCCCGAUGGGGAACCCACCAUCCGAGCUCACGGCUUCUUCCGCUGGAUCGACUGGGAGCGGCUGGAGCGGCUGGAGAUCCCGCCUCCGUUCAGGCCCCCCCAGUGCGGCCGCAGCGGCGAGAACUUUGACAAGUUCUUCACGCGGGCGGCGCCAGCGCUGACCCCCCCGGACCGCCUGGUUCUGGCCAGCAUCGACCAGGCCGACUUCGAGGGCUUCACCUACGUGAACCCGGACUUCGUCCACCCGGACGCCCGCAGCCCCAUCAGCCCCAUCAGCCCGGCGCCGGUGCCAGUCAUGUAAUCCCACCCUCCGCCGCUAGGUGUCCCCACGGCUCCCUCCGCCGCCGCGCAAGCCUCCUGCCCGACCUCCCCGCCUCCCGAAUUCUAGAUCCUGCCCCCCAGCCUUCCGGCCCCCACCCCUUGGGGGCUCGGUGCCCUCGACAAGCGUCCCCCACUCCACUCCACAGUCUCUAGAGCCUCCCCGGGCUCUAGAUGCCGCUGCGCUGAGCCCCAGAUUCUCACCCGCCGCCGUGUUCUGGAC